AUUACAAGUUGGGUCGGGAAGCACCCACUUUCUAGUACUUGGUUUUAUGUAUUUGCCUUUUGGAGUUUUGGUGUUUGUUUCUUUUUCCUUCGUAUGUCCUUUUGUAUUUGAUACCUUGGCCAACUUGUUGGGAUCUUGCCUUGAAAAGAAGUUCCAAGCGCAGCAAGAAAUCUUUUGUAAUGGCUUCACCGAUUCGAAGAAGCGGUAGAUUGCAGCUUGCAGAGAUUAUGAAAAGGCCAAAAGUACACGCUGUGCAUGUCGACCUGGGCAAUGAUGACAAGGAUUCUGUGGAAGAUGGAGGUGCAAAUGGGAAUGAUAAUGCUAUUUCAGAUGUGUCUGGAGAUGAUGCAGUGUUUGGGGGAGAUGAAGGCGGGAAUGUUGAAGAGGAGACUGACAGUGAUGAUGCAUUUGAUGACCCACCUCAGAAGACAACAACUGACCCUUCGCCUAGUGCUUCGAGGAAGAAUGCUGCAACAGUAAAGAAACGAAAGAGGGAGGGGAUAACCAAAUUGAAGGAGAAGUACCUACGAAUUCAGUCAAGAGCUUCUCCAAACGUUUUGCAAAAAGUGGUUGAAGCUCUGAACGAAGAUCAGAGGAGGGAAGUUGUGAGAAUUGGGUUUGGGUCUAUGUUAAAGAUCAAGAUAACAGAGCUUCCAGCGAAGCUAGGAUUUUGGGUGGUAGAGAAAUUUAAUCCUAGGAGUAGCAGUAUUGUACUUGCAGAUGGAACGAAGGUGCGUGUUACGGUGGAUGAUAUUAGACAUGUUUUGGGUUUGCCGUGUGGGCGUGCUAAGGUGUUCUACGUGGACCGAGUGGUGCUCUAUAGAAGGGACGUUGAGAGAAUGUCGCCUGCAUUUCUAGGAUGGACAUCGAAGAUCCUAAGGGAUAGGGAAAACAAUGAGGUCAAAGCAGGUGGAUUCGGGUUGGGAUAUGAUGAUGGAAGAUUUGUUGGUGAGGUGGUGGAUGCGAGCUCUGGUGGCACAGAUGUCGGGGCAGGUUUAGAACAGGAUAAUGUGGAAAAUGGAAAUGGUGAUGCACCAGAACCAAUGGGAGAGACGAGGGAUGAUCCGGUUGAGGUUUUUGUUCAAAAGUUUGCAGAAAAGGGGAGAAUUUUGGCUACUACAAUCAUCGAACUAGUGUCGUUGAUUGAGAGUGCACCACCUGGUACUAUGGAGAAUGAUUUGUUCAAACAGCUGCAGCUUGCAGCGGGUAGAUUAUUGGGUCUGGCCCAACGUAGAGGUGGUGGAAGCUUAGAAACACCUCAGGGAGGAUUUUCAGAGGUGACCUAUGAUGAAGGUUUCUGGAGCGACCCGGCAAACAUAGAUCAGUUGAUAGCCAAUGAACAGGCAGUGCUAGCACGUUCAAAAUACAAGAAGAUCAUGGAGCAGGCAGUUGAUAUGGAUUUGGCUGGUGGAAACAGGAUUCAGGCGGACAGGAUUGGUAUGACAGCGGUUGCUGGUGUGAGUGCAGUGGGUGAUGGUACUGUGCAAGGAACUGUUACAGAAUGUUCAAAAGCAGUGGUGAAGCCAUUGAAUGCAGCAAGGAAGAGGGUGACGAAUUGGGUGUUGCAGAAUCCAAAUGCUCCAAAGGAUGAAGCUGUUUUCGUGAAGGAUGGAUUGGAGUUGACAAGAGGUGAAAUUGCGUCGUUGGAUAUUGGGAAACAUAUUUCCAAGAGGGUGAUAGAUGUGUUGUCAACAAUACUGAACCACAAUGAGAAAUUCAGAAGUGACAAUUCCCCAUUGCGUGUGUUUGCUAGGAGCAUGGAUUGUGUUGCGAAUGGGGAUAUAGUAGAUGUGUCUGAGGCGAAUGUGAAGAACAUGUUUGCAAAUGCGCUGCUUCCUGCGUGGGAUGACAUGGCAGAUGAUUUCAACUGGGGGAAAGCUGAACUGUUUUUCUUUCCUAUUAUGCAACAGAACUGGGCAUAUGUGUUGUGUGUUGACCUAAAAAGCAGACGUUGUGACAUCCUGGAUAGCUCUUCAGCGAAAGCAAAAAACGAAGACAGAUAUGGCGACAUGCCAAAGCGAGUUGUGAGGUUGUUGGGUGAUUUUCUUGAGCAGCAGAGGUUUGUUUACAAAGGAAAAUGUGUUAGAGAAAUGCUUGCUAAGAGAAUUACGUUCCCUUGGAGAGAUCCGAAGGCUACCUUUGAUUAUGGUGUGGCGACCAUGCGUCAUAUGGAGACAUAUAUGGGGGAUGGUGGAAAGGGAUGGAACAGUGGCUUGUCGAAGAUAAAUCAGAAGCCUAUGCUGUUGCUGCGCUGCAAGUACUGUGCAUGUAUACUUCUAAGCCCAGUUAAUGCACUGUUGGACAAGGUUUACGCAGAGUCAGAGACACUUGAAAGGGAGAGGAAGGGAAAGGAUCCUAAGUGAACCCACACCUAGAAUGGCUGCAUCUUAUUUUUGUGUGUUUGUUGAAUUAUUUUUAUUAGUUGUUGGUGAAAGUUGGUGACACCAUACAUUGAUGGAAGUGCUAUAAGGAAACUAAUUAUCAGCCCAUAGUUUGGUUUAUUAUUAUAUUUUUUGUGUGGAUUUGAGGAAAUUGGUUUUUUGUAGAAGGUGUGAAUGGUUAUGGUUUUUUGAAUGAAGAUGUGGUGUUGCC